AUGGGCAGCCAAAAGCGGAUAGCCAAGGAACUCGCCGAACUCACCGAAUCCGCCCCCGAAGGCAUAACCGUCAAGCUAGCCGACGAAUCCAACCUCUACAUCUGGAACGUCUACAUGGAGGGACCCGAGAACUCGCCUUACCAGAACGGAACCUUCCACCUCACCCUCACCCUCCCAACCGAAUACCCCUUCAAGCCGCCGACGGUCUCCUUCCGGACGAAAAUCUACCACCCCAACGUCACCAACGACGACAAGGGGAGCAUGUGCCUGGGGAUGCUGCGGGCGGACGAGUGGAAGCCCAGCUCGCGCCUGGCGGCCGUGCUGCAGUUCGCGCGCCAGCUGCUGGCCGAGCCCAUGCCGGACGACGCUGUCGAGGGCCGCAUCGCCGAGCAGUUCAAGGGGGAUUUCGCCCGGUACGAGGAGGUCGCGCGCGAGUGGACGCGGAAGUAUGCUGUGCGGGGGUAG